AUGAUCCAGUUUGUUCCUCUAGGUGAAGAUAAUUGCAAUAGCAACAAAGUCGAGGAUCACAUAAAGUUAGCUAUGCUACUGGGAACGUCAGAAGUUGUUUAUCCUGUUCAGAAGACCGAUUCUUUCCAGUCCGUUGUAGGUUCAUGUCCUAUGCUGGGAAUUAUUUGAUUUGAUAAAUUUUUUCCAUAGAUUUUCCUUUCUGAUAUUACCAUUAUUGCGUCUAAUGGCAUCUGCUCACCAUAGACAUACAUUCCAUGCGCGUAUAUGGAUCCAUUUUAUGGAAGUGGCAUGGUUGGCUAUGGGCCGCAUUCAAUGGUGAGUGCCUUCUACAUUUGCCUCUUGUUGAAUGCCCAUAAGCUCUUUCUUCAAACUUUUUCCAUUCCGAAAGAACAGAUUUUGGGUGAUCCUCUGCUGUUGAUUGCUUGGUAUGGAGACUAACUUGACGGAAAUGUACAAAUGAAACCGUGAUAAUUAUGAAGCCCUUUACUCAGUAAAUAUUUAAGAUUAGCUUCUGUGGAACUGAAUGAACGUUGUGGCCCUUAUAUCAUCACUCCCCACCGUAUUUUUCCCAUAGUUUUUUUGCUAAUAUCAGAAGAUAUUACUGUAAAUUAUCCGGUCAAUAUCUCUGUUUGGAGUAGCUUGACGAACAGCAAUGCAAUUGUUGAGCUACAAUCAUUUAUAGCUUUCUUUGCGCCCUUGUGUGCGAAUGGAUGAUUGUCGAUGACUUCAGCCCACCCAUCAAUGUCCAUUCAGCAGUGUUCUAAUUGGAAUUUCUGUGAAAUAAUGUUUAUAGUUAGGAACAAUUUGUUCGUUAUUCUCCCUAUAUUCUAUUUUUUGACGACUGUUACAUGGUAGUAUUUAGCUAAUAAUCUUACCCUUCUCAUUUACUCUUCCAAGUAGUCUGCAAUAGCAAACUUACUGUCUAGAAAGCCAUCAUCGGUUUGGAGAAAUCUCUCUUCUCCUUAGCCUCAAAAGGAGAAGCGUGAAGGAGAAAAGAUGGGUCAGUUUUACGUGACCCAGUGGCAUUAUUUAUGGCAACCGUAUGUGGAAGGGGAAUUAAAUUGUAAUAAACGUACUGAAUCUAUCAGUUACCAAAUUUGGGUGAGACUGGGGCGGGCUGAAUCGAGCUGGGAAGGUCUGACCCAUCCCACAUCAAACUGAUAUCAAGCUGGCCUCCCUGCAUGUCCCUUUUUUUCUCACUGUGUCACAGAUUUGCUCAUUCUGAUGUUAACAGGUUCAUCCUCAAGUAGGAGCCUCUGCGCCCUCUCGAGUGCCACUUCCCAAUGAACUCUCGGAGGACGGGCCUAUCUAUGUCAACGCCAAGCAAUAUCAUGCAAUCCUUCGAAGGAGACAACUACGGGCCAAGCUGGAGGCCAAGAACAAACUUAUCAAAGGGCGAAAGGUAUGUGUCUGUGGGCGUUGGUUCUUUCUUAAUCUUCCGGGUUUUAAUCGGAACUUUCUUGAUGCGAAUAGUUUUUUGUUCCUGAUGAACAAACGAUCGUAUUUUUUUUGUUUUCUUAAGGAUUAUUUCCUUGUAAACGAAUUUAUGGAAUUAUCAUUUUAGAUGUAGCUAAAAAAAAAAUUAAAAAAAAGUCAGAGACAAUAUGCUCUUCAACCCGUAAUCCUGAUAAAAACCAUGGCAUUAAACCCUGCUCAUAAAGAGAAAGCAGACUGAAAAACUACUUAAAUAUAGAAUCUUUUCUGUUCAUUGCCAUUAAGUUUGAGCGGGGUGGCCCGAUCCUUUCACAUUUAUUCAUACGGUGAUUCCCGGAUCUUUGUAUCAUUCACAGCCGUACCUGCACGAAUCUCGGCAUCUUCAUGCGAUGAAGAGAGUGCGGGGAUCAGGGGGCCGCUUCCUGAAGACGAAGAAACAGGAACAACAACAGCACUCGGUUGCCGCCGCCGCUGCAUCGACGACGGACAGCGAGGUCUCGUCCUCCCCCCUGCUGCAGCUCGGCGAGAAGCCCGGCUCAUCGGGCUCUUCCUGUGCUGGCUUCACCAGCGACUCUCACGGGAACGUGUUCCUCCCACCGGAGCCGUUCGGGUUCCCCUCGGAGUACACUUCCCAGCAGCGGGUUUCUGCCAUCAGGUGA